UGGUAGCAAAUCCAAGGUCAUGAAAGUACUCUAACUAUGCACCUUGCGAAUCUAAUCUUGUUCACUUCCCAUGUUUACUUUCCACCUACAAACAACAGUGGACACUCGCAUACCUCACAGGCUCACACUCCCCUAAUCUCGCUUCUCUCUCCACAAUGUCACCACCAAUACCACCGUCAAAGCCACCAUUUUUCCUCAAUCUCUCCCUCCUCUUCCUCCUCCUCGUCUCCGCCUCCACUAAAGCCGCCAAUACAACGACCACCACCACUGUUGUCUCACCCGCCACCUCGCCAAUCUCGUCUCCUACUCCACGUUCCACCACUGCCUCCCCCGUCUCCUCUCCCACUCCACGUUCCACCACUCCUUCCCCUACCUCCUCUCCCACCACCCCAUCUGCUUCUGCCCACUCCACCUUAGACCCUAAACAACUCAGAGCCCUCCAAUCCCUAGAUAUCCCCACUUCCAAGGACCCUUGCAUACAGCCCUCUCCUCACAACUCCACUAUCUGCGACUCUGCCUCUCCCUUCCGCCACCUGAUCUCUCUCCGCCUCUCCAACUGCUCCUCUGACGUCUCUUUCUCCUACACUGCCUUAAAAUCCCUCUCCACUCUGCACGCUCUCACUUUCACCAAUUGUCCCAUCGUCCCCAUUCGCUUUCCUUCAGAUCUUGCCCUCUCUCUUCACUCCUUUACUUGCAUUCACUCUCUCAAACGCCUCACUGGUGUCUGGCUCUCUCACUUCGUCAACCUCACCGAUCUCACUGUAAGUAAUGUACCUGUCAAUGCUGGUGGUCUUUAUGUGAUCCUUGGUAAUAUGCGUAAGCUUAGGUCUCUUACUAUCUCUAAUGCUAAUGUCACUGGCUACAUACCAAAACAUUUGCAUUUGAAUCUUACCCAUGUGGAUUUGUCGGGUAAUAGGCUUAAGGGAAGGAUACCCAGUUCCAUUUCAAUCCUGGAAAAUCUUGAAACUCUCAAUCUUUCUUCUAAUAGUCUUACUGGUGAAAUGCCCACUAAUUUCGGUGACUUGAUUUCAUUGAAGAAUGUGUCUUUGGGGUCUAAUUUGUUAUCUGGGUCGAUCCCUGAUUCUAUGUCAGCGAUUCCAGGUUUGGUUCAUGUUGAUCUGAGCUCAAACCAGUUCAAUGGGACAAUACCAAGAUUUUUUUCAGAAAUGAAACAUUUGAGGUACUUGAAUCUUGCGAACAAUGAGUUCCAUGGCGUUUUGCCUUUCAAUCUUACCUUUUUGAAGAGAUUGGAUGUGUUCAAGGUUGGUGGGAAUGGCAAUUUGUGUUACAAUCAUACAAUUUUGUCAUCAAAAUUGAAGCUUGGGAUUGCUCCUUGUGAUAAGCAUGGACUGCCAAUGUCACCACCACCAGCUAAAGAUUCAUCGGGAGGUGAAAGUGAAAGUGAUUCAUCAGAUUAUGACGAUAGUUCAGAGGAUGAUUCUAGCAACAAGGGUGGAAAGCAUCAUGGUCCUAAUAAGGUUGUCCUUGGUGUGGCAAUUGGGCUAUCUUCUAUAGUCUUCCUUAUUGUUUUCCUUAUUCUUCUCUCAAAAAGGUGUGGUUGAUUGGAAGGUAAAGUUCUUCAAGAGUUUAGAUUAGGGAAAAUUUUGCUAAUUUAGAAACCAAUUUUAUUGUUUAAUUUAUUAUACAAUUGAUUAUGGAGAAGUGCAGCUGGAGAGCAGAAAAGUUGAAAAAAGAAAGGAGGGGAGGAAUCAUUGUAUUGGUGUGUCAUCUUUUGCAGCUUUUAUUUUUUGUUUUUUUUUUUUAUUCAGCUUUGGUAAUUUUAGUGGAGAGAACAGUACUGGUUGCUAUUGUUUUCUUCAUGAAUUUGGAUGAUUGGAUGUUAAAGUGGGGAAAGCAGGUCGAUAUUGAUGGUGUUGUAUCACAAAUUAUGUACUUUUCUUGAGCUACAAACAUUAAUUGAUCAUACUUUUAUAAAUUCCAGCUCUCUAUGUUUGGUCC